AUGGAGAAAUAUGUGAUAUAUACAAACAAAAGAGCAAUUUGUUACUCCAUUAGUAAUAGUAGUUGGGACACUAAAGAAGAAUACAAGAAAGUGAUGUUGAUCUCUCGUUGUAAUCGACAAUUUAGUCGUUCAAUAUAUAGCUCGUGCAGUAAAACUCUGUUCAAGAGCAAUCCGUUAAUAACUGGACAUUUUACUUCAGUAAAAUAUACUAAUCAAACUAUACCUCACAACUUAUGCUUUAAAAGACUGAAUCCAAGAAGGUUUACUACUGAAACUAUAGUGAAGAAACCAGCCGAACCCAUAGUGAAAACUACAACUACACCUACAAAAGCAAACCCACAAACUAAGACUCCAACAAUUUCGGAAUUGAAGAUUCUUAAAGAUCUUUUCAAAUACAUAUGGCCUAAUGGAGAUAAUAAAGUUAAAUCAAGAGUUUUGAUUGCACUUUCCUUAUUGAUUGGUGCCAAACUUCUAAAUGUACAAGUACCAUUCUUCUUUAAACAAACCAUCGAUUCUAUGAAUGUUGAAUGGAGUGACCCAACAAUUGCGCUGCCUGCAGCAAUUGGUUUAACAAUUUUUUCAUAUGGUGUUGCAAGAUUUGGUGCUGUGCUAUUAGGUGAAUUAAGAAAUGCUAUUUUUGCAAAAGUAGCUCAAAAUGCUAUCAGAACUGUUUCGCUGGAGACGUUCCAACAUUUAAUGAAAUUAGAUUUAGGAUGGCAUUUGAGUAGACAGACGGGUGGAUUAACGAGAGCAAUGGAUAGAGGUACUAAAGGUAUAUCAUACGUGUUAAAUGCAAUGGUGUUCCAUAUUAUUCCAAUUACGUUUGAAAUAUCUGUUGUCUGUGGUAUUCUUACUUACCAAUUCGGUGCAUCAUUUGCGGGAAUCACAUUUACAACGAUGUUAUUGUAUACUAUUUUUACAAUCCGUACAACGGCAUGGAGAACUCAGUUUAGACGUAAUGCUAAUAAAGCUGAUAACAAAGGUGCCAGCAUUGCCCUGGAUUCAUUGAUUAAUUUUGAAGCUGUAAAAUAUUUCAACAAUGAAAACUAUUUGGCCUCUAAAUAUAACAAAUCGUUAGUAAACUAUAGGGAUUCACAGAUUAAAGUAUCUCAAUCAUUGGCAUUCUUAAACUCGGGUCAAAAUUUUAUUUUCACGUCUGCUUUAACCGCUAUGAUGUAUAUGGGUUGUACAGGUGUCCUUGGUGGAAGUCUUACUGUUGGUGAUUUGGUUUUAAUCAACCAAUUAGUUUUCCAACUUUCUGUGCCAUUGAAUUUCUUAGGUAGUGUUUACCGUGAAUUGAAACAAUCUUUAAUUGAUAUGGAAUCAUUGUUCAAAUUGAGAAAGAAUGAAAUUCUCAUUCAGAAUUCCAAUAAUCCAUUGGUAGUAACUCCACAAACUAGUAAUAAAAAUGGAAAUCAUGUCCCAUUUGAAAUCAAGUUUGAAAAUGUCACGUUUGGCUACCAUCCAGAUAGAAAGAUAUUGAAGAAUGCUUCAUUUGUCAUUCCUGCAGGGUCCAAGGCUGCGGUUGUAGGACCAUCAGGUAGUGGUAAAUCCACAAUUCUAAAAUUAGUCUUCCGAUUCUAUGAUCCUCAACAAGGUAAAAUACUCAUCAAUGGGGUAGAUAUUAGAGAUAUUGAUAUCAAUUCUCUACGGAAAUUGAUUGGCGUAGUUCCACAGGAUACACCGUUAUUUAAUGAUACCAUUUGGGAGAACGUUAAAUUCGGUAGAAUCGAUGCUACUGAAGCAGAAAUCAAUGGUGUUAUUGAAAAGGCUCAAUUGAGAGGUUUAAUUGACAAGUUACCACAGGGUUUAGAAACCAUUGUUGGUGAAAGAGGUUUAAUGAUUAGUGGUGGUGAAAAACAAAGACUAGCCAUUGCGAGAGUACUAUUAAAGAAUGCAGAUAUAAUGUUCUUUGAUGAGGCUACCAGUGCGUUGGACACACAUACUGAACAAGCAUUAUUAAAGACAAUCCGUUCUAAUUUUAAAGAUCGUUCAAGAACAAGUAUUUACAUUGCCCAUAGAUUGAGAACCAUUGCGGAUGCUGAUAAAAUCAUUGUAUUAGAAGAUGGAUCUGUAAAGGAAGAAGGUACACAUAUCGAAUUACUAUCAAGAGAACAUUCGUUAUACAAAGAUUUAUGGAACAUACAAGAAAAUUUGGAUAUGAUAGAAGAAGUACUUGAGGAAGAAAAGGCACAUGAGACCUGA